UAUAUGGAUACUAUAGUUAUAUCCAAUUAUGUCAUAAAAUGAAAAUAUUUUGACAAAAACUUGAAUAAUUUAAAAUUUGAAAACUGUGACUCAAAAUUUUAACGUUAGUGAAUUGUUAAAAAAUUCAUUAAAAAUGACCGAAGGACGUGAAAGGGUUGGUUACCUGAGAGUAAGUGGACACAAUUAUCCGGUUUUUAAAGGAUUAAAUAUAAUUGGAAGAAAUAAAUUAGCCACAGUUAUCAUGAAGAGUCCUACUAUCAGUCAUCAGCAUUCUAUGAUAAUAGUUGUAGAAAAAGGUAAAUACUUUCUUAGUGAUUUGAAUUCUGCAAAUGGUACCUUCUUAAAUGAAGAAAAAUUGACACCUUUGUUGUUAUAUGAGAUACCAAACAUGUGCAAAAUGAAAUUUGCCAGAAUUUCAGCAAUUUUUAUAGAAUGUCCUGGAAGGAUUGGUUCAUCUACAUUUCGAAGAGAACAGUUUUCACAAGCUACUCAAAAUACAGAAAAUUUAUUCAUGACAGCUACUCAGAAAUUAGAUGUAAUUGAAGAAGUAUCUAUUCAUGAUCUUGCUACUCAGCCAAUUGAUGAUUUAAUUAUACGUACAAUGAAUACAACAGAAAAGACAAACAUUACAAAGACUCAACUUUCAAAUGAGAUACAUGAAUUACCAACGCAGAUACUGUGUCCUGAUGUUGCAAUGGAAGUUUCAGUUCAAGAUGUUCAAAUACAAGUAAAUACUACACUUACAAAUCAAACAAACUUGGAGGAAGACAUGGUGAAUGUAAUUUCUGAUGAAUGUAUUGAUGAUAGUGUUUUGCCCACCAUCUCUUUUCAUAAUACAUCAGAUUUAAAUAAAAGCAAUAAUUACACACAGAAUAAACAAGUUAAUGACCAUGUUCCUUCCAAAAUUAAAAAUACAAGUAGCCAAACAGCUUCUUACGAUUCUGACUAUAAAAAGAAGCUUAAUAAAUCUAAUUCAACAACCAUAGAUGAAAUUGAAUCAAAUAGGAAUAUUCCUACUGAUGCAAAUAAUUUACAACAUAAAGUUGAAUCAAAAACUGAACACUUAGAGAAGGGUAGUCAAACCCCAAAUGUUUCCCAGGGUAACUCUUCACAGUCUCAGAUUCAUGUAAGCCAAAUAAAAAGAAAGGUACGUAAGCGUAUUUCAUCUGACUCCGACACACCAAGCAGCUUAGAUAUCCUCUCAAAUCCUGCAUCACCUGUUCCACAAUUGAAAACAAAAAAGAGAAACCCUCUCAGUUCUGACGAAAGUGGUGGUGAUUCUGGCACUGGAGUUGUUUUGCCAAAUAAAGUAGGUCCUAGAAAAAAACUCGUCAAAAGAAGAAUAUCAUCGGAAAAUUCAAGCUCAGAUACAGAUAUCGAACGUCUAUCUCCAAAUAAAAUUCUUUCAAAAAAAAUUAAAAGCAGAGCGGUUUCCAGAAAGUUAGAAUCAAAUUCAGACACCGAUAUUGAAAAAGAACCUGGAAAUAGACAUAAAGUAGCUCAUAAUAAAGAAAAUUCAAAUAUUAAAACAACUAUGAAUCAAUCACAGAAUACGAUUAAUUCACAAUGCAUGGAAAAUAGUUUCAAACUAGCUCUGAGUAAUACAAUGGAUGCACUUAACACUGACAGUGAAUCAGAUUAUGUAUUUGGAAAUCCCACUCAAAAUGUAAGUGGCUCCCAGACUGAUAGUUCAAAACAAAUGAAGACAAAUGUAGAAAAUCCUUCUGAUACCGAAAUGCUAGAAGAAGAUAUAGAUAUUUUUAUGCAACCUACUCAAAGGUCUGUUUUGCCAAAGAGCACUAAAAACGCAACAGUUGAGGAUAGUAACAAAAGAAGCAAGAAAAUGAAUAGAAACGAUGAUUCUGGUAGUGAAACGGACGACGAUCUUCUAGCACAGAAAAGUCAAGAAAUAAAUAACAGCAAAACAACUAAGAAAAGCAAUUCACAAAACCAAACUACUAAUGAACCGUGUGAGACGGAAAAUGUUAAAGUGAGGACAAACUGUUUGAAUGAGAAAUCUAAAAUACAUGAAAAUGAAGAAAGCAGCGUUUCUUCUCUUCAGAACUUCAAUAUUGCUAAAGAAAUACAAAAGUUAAAAAACAUGGACAAUAUAUUUUUGGCAUCCAUAAGGGAUCUUAAAAACGCCGAAGCUGCAUUGAAUGAUGAGCACAAGUUUCAGUCUCAGAAGCAGUCACAGAGCGUCAAGGAUGCGAAGACACAAGCUAAAGUGAUAGAUUUAUGCGACAACGAGGACGAUAUUUUUCUGCAACCAACUCAGAAAUUCGCCGCGUCUACAUCUGUAACAAUCAAUACCUUUGGAAGUAAGAUACCUUCGCAAGAUGAUGAAGACGACAUUUAUUUAGAACCAACUCAAAAAUUCAAAAUUCCAUAUAAGAAUCAACCGUACAAGAAUGAAUUAACACAAAAUGAAGACGAUGACGUUUAUUUGCAACCCACUCAAAAAUUUGCUACUUCUUGCAUUCCUAUGAAUGAUAAGCUUUUUAAUAGAAAAGAAUCGCAAAAUGAAGACGAUGCUAUAUUCUUGCAACCAACUCAGAAAUUACAAAAUAAAGAAUCAUCACAGGAUGAAGAAGACGAUGAUAUUUAUCUGCAACCAACACAGAAGUUUUCACUACCAUUACCUGCUAUAAUUGAAAGUAGUGAUGCCAAUGAAUUUUCACAAAAUGAAAAUGACUUACAGCCAACUCAAAAAUUUUUAGCUCCUAGAAAAAGCAAAUUAGGUUAUUUAGAAUGUUCAGAAAAUGAUAAUUAUGGUAAUGAUGUAUGUCUGCAGUCAUCUCAAAAGCUUUCUGUUCCCUCGAAAUCUGAAAAUGAUGUGUCUUCAGAUAUACCUAAAAGAUGUGCUGAGAAUUCUAAAGCAAGUCUUCCGUCUGUAGAAAGUCAGUUAGAAGUAAUGUUUUCUUCACAGAACAUAUCAGCGGACAAUGAUAGACCGUCUAAUCCUCUUGCAAAUGUCUUAGAUGAAGAACAAAGUCAGACCAAUGAAGAGCAAAACUCUGAGGAAAUAAAACAAACUAGUAGUUAUUCGAAAAGAUCUGACGUGAACACUGACGAAAAAGAAAAUUUGUCAAGUGUAGAAAAAUUAAGACAGAAAUCAGUUAUCGAUAGGAAAACGGCAUCACUUCAAACAAUAGACGAUAGAACUGAUGCCGCAACUGCCUCCGAAAUCAGAAAUUUCGUGGAUAGGGGCGUGGGGAACUUACAAACCAGACAGCCGGAAUUAAACGUUUAUUCUGCAACUGUGGCCAGCAUUUCUCCUUCCCAACGAUUAAGGAGACGAGCAAGUUCAAAUCGUAGUGUGUCAGUACCGGUGGCAAAAUUAUCUUCUAAAACUAAAGGUCCCAGUUGUGUCGAAGUAUCGCUAGAAAAUAAAAGAACAAUACUAAAGCCUCAUUCUUUGACAGUAUGUGAUGCUCUUACAUCGGGUAAAAGAACGAGAAAAACUGCACUUGUAAAGGAUGACGAUAGUGAUAAUCAAGCAGAUAUUAAAGAUGAACUUAUUGAGAAAAGAGUGACUAGAAGGACGACUUCCGAGUAUACGAUUGCAAGGAAGAAAAAGUCGAUGCACUUAGACAGUUUUAAACCCAAUACUUCGAUUCCCGUUUCAGAAAUCGCUGAUGAAGAUUUUUUAAAUAUGCCAAAAAGUAGUAGUUCAAGGAGAACUGAAAAGUCGGAAGCAAGUACUUCAAAAAGAGCUCCUGAAACAUUAUCGCCACCAGUAACUCCUCAAAAGCGUAAAAAGACUGUUAAAGUUAGCCCUGCUAAUGAUUCCAUGUUAUUUUCAACAUCUAAUCAAUCUAAAUUUGAGAAAUCGAACGUCGAGUCGCGAUUAAUGGAUAUAACACCGGAGAGGAGAAAUCAAAGAACAAAAGUGGUCUUUACAAUGUUGGAUAGUCCUCAACUAUCUUUAAUUGUAAGACAGUGCGGGGGAAUUGUGGUAGACACCGUUGAGGCUGCAACCGUUUUGGUCACGACAAGUAUCAAAAGAACCCAAAAGUUAUUAACCGCUGUUGGUUUGGGUAAACCAGUUUGUUCAGUAAAAUGGCUGGAAGAUUCUAAAGUCGCAAGGAAUUUUUUAGAUCCAUGGGAUUAUAUAUUAACUGAUGAUGAAGCACAACAAAAAUGGAAUUUCUCAUUAAUGGAAUCACUUAAUAGAAGUAAUAAGAAAAAAUUAUUGGAAGAAUACGUUUUUCAGCUUUGUGUAACUACAGCUACGGAUGUUUUAAAAUCUGCCAUUGAGGCUUGCGGAGGUAAAUGUAUUAGUAGAGCUCCAGCUAAAACUGAUAAGAAAUUUAUCGUGGUUUCAAGUCCAGAUAACAGAAAUAAAUAUAAGAAAUUCCUUCAAAAAGUACCUCCAGUGCCGGUUGUUACUCCAGAGGCAAUUUUCCACGGCGUUUUAGUACAAAAGUUUGAGGUGGCUCCCUUUUUACUAUCUUAAUUAAUCGCUUACCACUACUCGCAUGCAUUUAAUUAGUGUGAUGGUUAUAAAUAUGAAAUUUUUAUUUACAUAAAUUUUUGGAGCAGAUCUAGCUGUGUAUGUAUUAUAU